UUAAAUGUAAAAUGAUGGCUUUCAGAACACAUUUUAUGAACUUUAAACAUUGUACUCGAAAUAUUUCUACUGAUGUAAAUGUUUUCAAAAAGAAACAAGUUGUGAUUUUAGGAAGUGGUUGGGGAAGUUACAGUGUUUUGAAAAACAUCGACAAAAAAAUGUUUGAUGUCAAAGUGGUCACUCCUAGAAAUCAUUUUUUAUUUACUCCCUUGCUUUGCAGUACCACUGUUGGAACUCUUGAAUUUCGUUCAAUUACUGAGCCAGUAAGAAAUGUUGGAUUCAAGGAUCCAUCCGACUUCAUGUUAGCCUCUGCUGAAGAACUUGACCUGAAGAAACAAAAGCUGCUCUGUAAAUCUGUACUGGAUCCCUCAGUGCAAUUUUAUGUGCACUAUGAUGUAUUAGUCAUUGGUGUUGGAUGUCUUAAUAACACUUUUGGUGUACCUGGUGUAAAUAGACAUGCAAUUUUUCUAAAAGAAAUUUCUCAUGCUCAAAAAAUUAGGCAGCGAAUACUUCAAAAUUGUGAGAAGGCUUUAACUCCUUCUCUCUCACAAACUGAACGAGAAAGCUAUUUGCAUACAGUUAUAGUUGGAGGUGGACCUACUGGAGUAGAAUUUGGUGCUGAAUUGUAUGACUUCAAAACAAAGGAUGUAAAAAGACUGUAUAAGCACCAAGAGAACUUAUUUAAGGUAACUUUAAUAGAAGCUGAGAGCAUCUUGAGAAGUUUUGAUGAAAAACUGAGAAAAUAUGCAGAAAAGAAAUUGAAUGAACGAUCUAACUUCACUCUUUUGAAGUCUUCUGUUACAGAAGUGAAAGAGAACUGUGUUAUUCUUAAAGAUGGCACAACCAUUCCUUGUGGUUUAGUAGUUUGGAGUACGGGCCUCAGCCCCCAGCCUUUUACUCAGAAACUUCCUGUAUCAAAGAAUGAUAAAGGGCAAAUAUUAACAGAUAAUUACUUACGAAUUUUGAGUGAUGAUGCAAGAAGUGUUUAUGCAUUAGGAGACUGUGCAGAAAUUGAAUCUAUUCCAUUGCCAUGUACUGCACAGGUAGCUGAGCGACAAGGUAGAUACUUGGCUAAUUUAUUGAUCAGUUUAGAGAAUGGAAAGGAACAGAAGCCCUUCCAUUUCCAAUCAUCUGGAAUGUUAGCAUACAUUGGAGAUUAUAAAGCUUUAACCGACUUGCCAGAUUUUAAAACUCAAGGUUUUCCAUCCUGGUUUUUGUGGAGGUCAGCUUACUUAACUCGUCUAGGAUCAUGGAGGUUAAGAAUGCAAGUUCCUAUAGACUGGUUGAAGACAUUGCUGUUUGGUAGAGACACUUCUAACUUCAAUUAAAGUAGCUCUUACAGGCUUUAUAAAAUGUAUUUUUGUGUAUAUUUUGUUUG